AUGAAGGUACUUUGCGUGGCGGAGAAACCUUCCAUCGCAAAAUCGGUCGCUCAGAUUCUAUCAGGGGGUCAUUUCACUAGUAGACCCACCCAGUCGCCAUACCACAAGAACUAUGACUUCUAUUAUGCCAAGACGGGAGACAAUUACACGAUGACUGCGGUCUCUGGGCACUUAACGGAAAAAGAUUUCGGAUCUGCCCUUCGCAGCUGGAACUCCUGUGAUCCUUUCCAACUAUUCGAUGCACCGAUCGAGACAAGAGUUUCCAAAGAUGGAGAACGUAUCGAGAGGAAUCUCCUCAGCGAAGCACGGGGUGCCCAAAUGUUGAUGAUUUGGACGGAUUGCGAUCGUGAAGGGGAGAAUAUUGGUGCCGAGGUCGAGGCGUGCUAUUAUUCCAGCAUUCAUCAUGCUGCUCAGAAUCCGGUUGACCUUGACCGUGCACAGGCCGACGCAGUAGAAGCCCGCAUUCUUCUGGACUUGCGUUAUGGUGCUGCUUUUACUAGAAUGCAGACCCUCACUUUACAACCUCGAUUCCCGCAACUGCAAGAGGGAUUGAUAUCCUACGGACCAUGUCAAUUUCCGACUCUGGGCUUUGUCGUAUCCCGAUACGAACAGGUACAGGCUUUUGUUCCAGAGCCUUUUUGGUACAUCCAUCUCUCCAUCGUUUCACCGGACGCCGAUGAUGAAGAGGAGACUGCUUUUUCAUGGCGAAGACACCACGUAUUCGAGUUUGAUGUUGCGUUGGCACUAUAUGAAGGUACUGUAGAGAAUCCCACAGCACGGGUGACAAAGGUGACAAAGAAACCAACCAAGAAAUGGAAACCUCUUCCGUUGACUACUGUUGAACUUCAAAAGGCCGCGUCUCGGCUCCUUCAUAUGACACCAAAAAAAGCAUUGGAUGUUGCGGAGAAAUUAUACAACGAUGGUCUCAUUGCUAAACAGACAGUGGAUCCUGACUGGGGUGGGUUCGCCGCUGGACUACAAAACGGCGGAUUUCAGCGUCCUCGUGACGGGAAAAAGAACGAUAAGGCGCAUCCUCCUAUCCAUCCUACCGCGCAUGCCGGAAAUCUGGUGGGCGAGGCCAAAAAAGUUUACGAGUAUGUUGCUCGGCGAUUCUUGGCUUGUUGUUCCAAGGACGCAGAAGGGUUCCAAACCACAGUCGAUGUCGUAGUAAAUGACGAAGAAUUCAGUGCCACUGGGCUGAUUGUUCUGGAGCGAAAUUAUCUUGAAGUAUACAAAUAUGACAAAUGGGUUGGAAAACACCUACCUGAUUUCCAGGAGGGCCAGGAAUUCAUGCCGAGCGUUUGCGAGCUAAAGGACGGCGAAACUACUAGUCCCUCCUUAUUGACAGAAGCCGAUUUGGUUACUUUGAUGGACAAGAAUGGGAUUGGAACUGAUGCAACCAUUGCUCAGCAUAUUCAAACCAUUAUUGAUCGCCAAUAUGUGAUCGCACGUCAGGAAGGCUCAACUAAAUACCUCGUGCCCUCUACGCUAGGCAUUGGCCUCAUUGAAGGCUACAAUAGGAUAGGGUUUGAUAAGUCGUUGAGUAAACCACUAUUGAGACGUGAGACCGAGCGUAUGAUGGUACAGGUCUGCGAUCGCCAAACUACCAAAGCAGAGAUGAUGGCUCGGAGUAUUGACCAAUACAAGGAGGUUUUCAUUCGCGCUAAACAACAAUUCCAUUUAGUUGUUGAUAGCGUCGGGCAACGUAUCAAUGGUGGCCCAAUAGCUACCAAUAAUGAUGCCAUAGCCCCAAAUGGAAGAGGUGGUAGGGGAGGCGCCGGGGGUCGAGGUGCAGGCGGAAGAGGUGGAGGAAGAGGAAGGGGAGGUGGCCAAGGUAAUCCACGGCCUCCUGGCGAAAAUCAGAAUUCAGAUUCCGAUAGUGAUGGUGAUGAUGAUGGGGGUCGAGGUCGUGGUGGGAGCCGUGGACGACGCACCGCUACACGAGGGCGGGCUGCUGCAUCGCCUGUUGCGAGGCGCGGUAGGGGCGGGAGGUCUACCGCCCAAUCCGAUGAUGCACCUCAGCCGACACGUAGAACGGUGGGUACCACGCAACCAACAGGCGGCGAAACACGCCAAGGCGUUACCUGUCAAUGUGGAGAGCCUGCUGGCGAACGAACAGUUACCAAGGAGGGGCCUAACAAAGGUCGUAAAUUCUUCACUUGUGGGAAGGACCGAACCUGCGACUUUUUCGAGUGGUUUGAUGGCCCUUCCAAGUCUAAUGAAGAUAGCUUCUCCAGGCCCGUGCAGAAAUCUCGAUCCACGAUACCUGCUAAGCGUAAAUCCACCGAACAUAUGCCACCUGAUGACAGUCGACGUUGCAGCUGUAAGCUAACUGCUGUUCAGCGCACUGUGCUAAAGGAUGGACCGAAUAAAGGCCGAUCAUUCUGGGCAUGCUCAAACUCGGAACAGGCGCGUUGUGGCUUCUUUGAAUGGGAUGAUAACGGGGCGAGUGAGGCCGGCGGCAGUGGGUUCACCCCGACAACACACGCCCAGCCAAGAAACGAAGGCCAGGGUAGAUGCUUCAAGUGUGACCAACCAGGUCACUGGAGCAAUGCGUGCCCGAAUGGCAAUGCCAAUCCCCGAACCCAAUUUAGAAACGAAGGAACCACGAGUAGCGACACAUCAGGUGUUUGUUUCAAGUGCAAUGAACCGGGGCAUUGGAGUAAUGCCUGCCCUAACGGAGAUGCUGGCAACUCAAGAGGGACAUCAGGGGGGGUAGAGGACGGGGUAAGAGCAAAGGCUCAACUAGACCUCGGACGUCCUCACGGGGGGGACGAGGACGGGGACGAGGACGAACGAAGGGCGGAUUUGGGGCUGCAGACGAUUAUUGACUAUAACGCCAUACUAUAUUAA